AGAAAGGAUGCAGAAUUUGCCAAACGAUUACAGGAGGAGUGGAAUGGGAAUGGUAUACAGGAACAGAACGUGAGCAGCAGCAGCAACAGUAACACCCAAGCAUACGCAAGUCCACCUCCUCCCAAGCAGGAGUUCCCCAAACCACCAAAGACCACUUUGGGAUCCACCGCAACCUCGUUCAAUUUACCGGCUCUAGAUAGAGCUAUAGAGGAUAUCGAACUACAACAGGACAUCUUCACCUUUGAUCCAGCCAAAGUAGACGUCAGCUGCUGGCCAACCCGUUCUGGAAAUGUUCCAAGUGCACCAUAUGCACUCCUCUCUCACGCAUGCAUCCUGCUCAGCACGACAAAGUCCCGACUGAUCAUCGUUACCGUUUUGACAAAUUUACUGCGAGUGUUGAUGUACCAUGACGAAGAAGCAUUACUCCCAUGCAUUUAUUUGGUAAGCAAUCAUAUCGCACCACCGUAUGAUGGCGUGGAGUUGGGAUUAGGAGGAGCAAUUGUCAAUCAAGCGAUUCGAAAUGUGACCGGAAAGUCUGCCUCUCAUUUACGUACGUUGUGGAACAAGACUGGAGAUCCAGGUGAUGUUGCUUUUGAGGCGAAGAAGGAUGUGAAGACAUUGAUUGGUCACUCCACAAAACCGAUCGAAAUCACAAAGUUGUUUCAAACCUUACAUGCGAUUGCUGCCAUUUCAGGCACAGGUUCCUCUUCGGCAAAGAUGGCACACGUAACGAAACUCUUGGUUGCUUCUCGAGGGGAGGAGGCUAGGUUUUUGGUCAGGACACUUCACAGCCAUUUACGAAUCAAUGCCGUUCGAACGACGAUCACGAGUGCAAUCGCGAGGGCAUUUGUGUUGAAUGACAGAAAUGUUGCCCUUAAAGAUGAAGGCGAUUCUUGGUGUUUGUCUGUAGAAGAAAGACAAGGCAUACUCGCCAAUCCACCAAACACCAAACAGAGAGCUGACCCCAAGAGGCUGGCUGCGAUGGAUAAGAUCGUAAGAGCUGAAACACUCUUGCGAGAAAUUCGUGCUCGGCAUCCCAACUUUGGAACGAUCGUACCUGCUUUGCUGGAGGGAGGAUUACAGAAUUUGGCAGAGCGUGUGCCAUUACGUGUGGGAACACCUAUCUCGCCCAUGUUGGGUAGUAUUACACGAUCUCUGCCAGCAAUGUUUGAUAAAUUGGGUGACAGAGCAUACGUUUGUGAGUUCAAAUAUGAUGGUCAACGUGUACAAAUCCAUGCCGAGCAUGUGCAGGAGGAGGGCAACGAAAAACGCAAGAUGCUAUCCUCAAGUGGGAAGGGAAAAUGGACCGGACCAAAUAAAGACAUUUAUGUUCGUCUCUUCAGUCGUCAUUUGGAAGAUAUGACUGACAAAUAUCCAGACAUUGUCAACCUCGUGCCAAUGAUGAUGGGAUUGAGUGGGGAGCAACUUGAUAGCAAAGGCAAGAUGAGGGAAGACGAUAUCCCUCCAGUAAAAUCAUUUAUUAUGGACGCUGAGAUUGUUGCUAUGGGAUUGGACGGGACGCUAUUACCAUUUCAAACACUAGCCAAUCGAAGUCGGAAAGAUGUCGAGUUGCACAAUAUCAAAGUGGCAGUCGGAGUGUUUGCAUUUGAUCUUAUGCAAUUGAACGGACGUAGCCUUCUCAAGUCCUCCCUUCGCAAACGGAGAAACCUUCUCUUUCAAAACAUCAAACCAUGCAAGCCAGAAGAUGUUCGAAUUGCACGAUUUGAUUAUGUAAAACACACCGAAAGUCGAAAUCAGGAAGAUGUGACGAGCUUCUUUGAGCUUGCGCAGAAUAAUAAAUGUGAAGGCAUCAUGGUGAAAUCCCUAGACCACCACUGGGAAGAUAACCAGUCGGGUGAAUCAGAAGCGAAAAUUCAACUGUUGGAAGAUGAAGUGGAUAAUGAUCUUUCGCAGCCGAACUUAGACGCAGCCGACCCCAAGCCUCUUCCUGGAAAAGGUGUUAAUGGCCGUGGAAAAGCACUACUCAGCACCUACGAGCCAGAUAAACGAUGUGAAUCAUGGCUCAAAGUGAAAAAGGACUACGUGGAUGGAAUUGGAGAUUCUCUGGAUCUAGUCCCGAUCGCGGGAUGGCAUGGAAUGGGAAGAAAGGCAGCAUGGUGGUCGCCUGUCCUGCUGGCAGUGUAUGAUGCAGAAAAUGAUGAAUAUCAAGCCGUUUGCAAAUGCAUUUCAGGUUUCACUGAUGCGGAAUAUAAGGAUAUCAAAUUUAAUCGAUUUGUCGAAGGAACGGAAACGUGUUACAAUGCAUACCAGAAUGAAUGCAAAGAUUCCUUUGAAACGGGAGGCUUAGUACCGGAUGUCUGGUUUACCCCUAAUGAAGUUUGGGAGAUUCGAGGUGCGGAUAUCACUCUUUCACCCGUGUAUACCGCGGCAAAAGGAUUGGUUUCUGAUGAACGUGGACUUUCGCUUCGCUUUCCACGAUUUAUGAAACGAAGAACUGACAAGUCACCACAACAAGCCAGUACUCCCCGUCAACUAGCAAACAUGUACUUUGAUCAAAACAAUACCACCACCGCC